GUUGGCUGGAGAGAUCAGAAGACUGUAUCAGAGCAUACCAAAAUACUGAAUGCCUAAAUAUUAAUUGUAUAUUUGUCAUAAGGGUUUUUUAGAGAACAAGAUAGAAGUUGAAGAUGCCAUUCUUCAAAUCUGCCUCAAGCUUUCGUUCGGAGAGUAGUGAUGGAGACCUAGAAGGCAUAGCUGAAGGCGAGUUGGCCAAGUUGCAACGCCAGUUCCGCCUUUUAGAAGGUGACCGCCAUGCUUAUGCCUUGGAGUCUCGUGAAACCAUCCGCAGACAGACGGUUGAGGUCAAGCGCCUGGAAAAAGAGAACGAAGAUCUACGAUACAAACAGGCUGUGGCUGAGGGCCAUGCCAACCAGAAGAAGGAAAAAGCCCAAAGUGAAAUUCUCCGGUCCUUGUUGGCUGAACGGGAUGCAGUGAAGGAACAAAUAAUGAAAGAAAAAAAGCGGAUAACUCGGCUUGAUCAGGAGAUCGAAACCUGGGAGAACCGUUUGGCUGACCGGAAGCAGACGAUGGGCAGUGACAGCAUGAUACAGGAACAGAGAGCCCAUUUGCAAAGAAAGAUUCAGACAGUAGAAAACCAACUAGAUAAGAUUACCUCUGAAUUCAGUUCUCAACUCGUCUUGAAUUCACAACUACGUGAAGAUCUAGAAAUUCUCCGAGUUGGACAUGAUCACUUUGAACAGCAGCAUAAAGAUUUAGAGGAGGAACUGCUGGAGACUCGUAAAACCAUCAUCAAUGUGGUCAGCACCUCCUCUGCAGCAUAUGAUGCAAGGGAUGAAGCCCAUGCCCGUUUGGGCCAGUUGCGAGACAAAGCAGAGAAGGACUUGAAGCAGUAUAUCUCUGAGAUGAAAGAAUUGGAGCGCUUCCUGGAGAAUGACCGGCGCGUGUCUGAAUUCGUCAACAUCAAGCUGCAGGAAAGGACGUUCACUGAAGAAGCACUGAGAGCCAAGGCAAAGAAACAAGAAGAACGCAGACGGAAAGACAGUGAGGAAGAGUUGCUCGAAUCUUACAGCAAUGCUUUUGAUAAACUCCUGGAGCUCACUGGCUCAAAAGAUCUGAAUAUGGCUCUGGAUACAUUUGUUAAAGAUAGGGAAAGAAAUUUUGCUCAAUUCAACUAUGUCAAUGAGCAAAACAGCCAGAAGGACCGACUAUGGGAAGAAAUUCAUGAGCUUUGUCAUGAGAUCCAGGAGAUUCAAAAGCGGAACAGUCAAAGGGAGGCCCAGCAGCUGUUGCAGCUCCACGAAACUGAAGGCCAGCAGGAGGAGACGGUGAAAGAGGCCAAUCAGGCUGAGCAGAAUGUGAAAAAGUUCCUCAAGAUUUGGGAGCAGCUUAAAAGUGCCAUUGAGUCUCUCUUCUGGAAACUGGAGUGUGACCAUUCCUCGCUGGAAAAAGUGCUGGGCGGGACAACGACUGCUCAGGAUGAGAAUGUUGCCAUUUACCUGAGCAUAAUUGAACGGAAAGUCAAUAUGCUGCUGACAAUGUAUUCCUACAAGAAGGCUGAGGAAAAGGAUGAACCCUAUGAUACUGUGGAGACAGCACAGCUGCUCCUGGGGCAGACACCAGGACUGCGGCCAACUGCGAUUACUGUUCGGCCACCCACAGCUGGACUUGGCCAUGAGCCAAUACAAGAAGAGGACAACAGACCUUUAACUCAUGAAGAGCUCAGAGAAAAAGUAAUAAAGGAGAUCCAAAGCAAGGCAGCGGCACUUUCUCUAAAGAAAAGCACGUAAUGUGCAGUUCAGUGACUGUAUCCUGGGACUAACACACACAAGAAAUAACCUCAGGCCUCCAGACGUGAAUAGGAAUCUUAACUGCAGCCUGGGCUACGCCAACCAAAGAAAAAAACUGAGGCAGGUUGCAUUCCAAGUGUGGUUCCUGAAACAUUUUUCUUUACACCAUUGCCCUCUGCCGCAUCCUUUCUCAUGUCUGGAAAGGCUGAGUGUAGCCUUCAUCCUGCAGGAUCCUUCACUCUGCUGUAGUCCAUGGAAAAUCUUCCUCCUGCUGGUGAAUUGUUUCUUUUCCUGGCUGCUCAUGUGAUCAGGACAGAUGUAUUGUGUCAGUGGUACAUAAUUCAUAGCUGUCAUACCAUCCAAGCUGUUUGCUUCCGUGCUGCCUGUUUGUUUAUACAGUAUGCCUUUAAUUUGACUCCACAUUCUCAUGCAAAGAGAGAACGCAUUGCAAAAUUUUUGCCUAUAGCAGUGGUAUUUUACUUUGCCACUGUUCCGAUGAAGGAAGCAAGAAUUUCCAGCUUCUAAAAUAAGAUCCUUUUGGGAAACAGGUGACCAAAUUUGCUCUAUUCCCCCAGCAGCAUUUUGUAUCUACAACAGUUCUUUCUCCUGUUAGUCUCCUUAGCUGUCAGAAUGUUUGAGGCCCACAAGGGGUAUAUUGUGUCUUUUGAUGUAUCUGAGCAGGAAUUGGGUUUAUUUAAAGCACUUAGCCACAUCUUGAACGGGUGUUUCUUAAAAAACAAAAAUAAAAAACAACUAGCAUGUUCCUCAGAGUGUGGUUUUUCACCACAUGAUCAUCGGAGGCUGUAUCAGUCCCACACAAGGUUCCCUUUUACAACUGCCAGUUAGAGCUCCGUUAGUGGCAUAUACAAAAGGUUUUUUUUCCAAAGUAAAUUGAAAAAUACAUGAAAACUCUAGUAACCGAGGUAUGUGUCAGAGGAGAAGUUACUUCCCUGUAGUUAUCUUUUCAUUCUCUUUAAGAUCCCCUUUUUGGAAGAAAUAUUUUUUUUUUAAAAAAAUCCCCCAUUAUUUCAACAAAGAUAAUACCACUUAAGCUGUUCCCCAACCCUCAAAUGAUCUUCUCCUAGAGGGCCCCCAUUUCAGGCCUCUUGGCAGUGUCCCAGAAAAGAAUCUUAGGUAAGCUGUUCCUCUCUCAAAGAAGAUCAUCAUGAAAAGAAAAAUCUGAUAGUUUCACUGAAAGAAGAUAGGUGCUUUCAAUUCUGCCAUUCCUGUGGGUGUGGAAUGCAGGGGUGACGUGUGUAUAUCUGUGUGUGGGAAGGGUGGAGAAGUGGAGACUGGUCCCAGAUGGGCUGACAAAUGCACAGUCCUGUGGCAAGUGAAAAGACUAUCGUGGUUUUUUUGAUGAUCAGUGUAAAUCGAAAGUGGAUGAUUAAAAGGUUUAAUUGACAACA